AUGAAUUCUCUUGAUAAGCUAAUUACUAUUAUUGGAUAGAUAAUAAUACUAUGUGAAUACAAUUAUGAAUAUUUGGGUAAUUCUGCUACAUUGGUUAUUACACCAUUAACAGAUAUGGAGCACCAGAAGGACCUGCAGGAACAGGUAAAACUGAAAUUAUUAAAGAUUUAACUAAAGCUUUAGCUAGAUAAUGUAUUGUUUUUAAUAGUUCUUAUGGUUUAGAUUAUAAGGCUAUGGUAAAUUCUUUAAAGGACUUGCUAGUUUUGGAGUAUGGUCAUGUUUUGAGGAAUUCAGUAGUAUUGAUUACCUGAUAAUUUGAAAGCAUUAUUUAGAUGUGUUGUUAUGAUGGUUCCCAAUUAUGAAAUGAUUGCAGAAAUUUUAUUAUAUUCUUAUGGAUUUAGUUAAGCAAGAGAUUUAGCUAGAAAAAUUGUUACAACCUAUCAAUUAUGUUCAGAAUAAUUAUUAUUUUAAGAUCAUUAUGAUUAUGGUACUAGAGGUGUUAAAUCUGUAUUAACUGCUGCUGGUAAUUUGAAAAGAAAGUUCUAAAAAAAGAUGAAUUCAUUUUAAUGCUCAGAGCUAUUAAUGAUCUCAAUCUAGCAAAAUUUUUGUUUUUUGAUUUACCCUUAUUUUAAGGUAUUAAUAAUGACAUAUUCUCAAUCAAAUUACCUGAAAUUUAUUAUAAAAAUAUGUAUGAGUGUAUCAAUAUUGAAAUUGAAAAAACUAAUUUGUAGAUGUUUCCAGAUUUUAUUGUUAAAGUUAUACGAAAUGAUUCUUGGAAGACAUUGUUUAAUGAAUGUUGGAUUACCUUUUAUUUGUAAAACUAGUAUCAAAGUAUUAGCUGGUCCUUAAUUUUAUUAAAUGAAAGAGCAUAAUUGAAUGAAAGAAAGUAUAAUCUAUCACCAAAAUUAUAACCACAUGAAAUAUUAGUAAAAACAACAGAUACAGUACAUUAUUUAUUAAAGAAUAUGUUUUCAGGUACAGCAACAUUAUUUUUUGGACCAACAGAUACAGGAAAAAGUGUUUAUAUAAAGAAUGUUUAGCAGAAUUGCCAAAGGGAUUAUAUUCUGCAAUAGAAUUAAGAUUUUCAGUAUAAACAACAUCUACAUAAACAUAAUUUUUUAUUGAUUUAGAAAUUGGAGACUAUGGGACCACUAGGAGGAUGUACAUUAAUUACUCCAAGAAUAUUGAGACAUUUGAGUUUGAUAUCAUUAGCUGCUUUUGAUGAUGAGACAUUGAAUCGUAUUUUUGGCUUUAUUUUAAAAUGGUUUUUUACAAAUUAGAAUUUUCCUUAAGAUAUUUUAAAGAUGGAAUCUAAGAUUGUAAAUGGAACAUUGGAAAUAUAUAAAUUAGCAAUGAGAGAAUUAUUAUCAACUCCACCAAAGAGUCAUUAUUUAUUUAAUUUAAGAGAUUUUGUAAAAAGUGAUAUUAGGAAUUUGUUUAGCAGAUAAAGACAAGAUCAAUACGACAGAUGUAAUGGUUAGACUUUGAACUCAUGA